UUUCCUAUUUCUCUCUCUUCUUAUCUUGUUUCUCUCUCUUCUCUCGCGCAUAGUUUCUUUCUUUCUCUCUCUUCAAUUGCGGAACCCAAACACCACGACGGAGCCUCCGACCCGAAUCGGACGAGUUGAGUCCAGCUCCGACCACGUUCACGUGCUUCUCCUUCAAUCGCAUUUCGCUCCCAUUUUCUUCUUCUCAUUUCCGCUCUCCACACCGAAUCUGUUUGGGAUUUUAGGGUUCUGAAGUUUGUUGUUCUAAAGUUUCUGGUUUUGAAACUCUGUUGGGUAUUGAUUUGGAGGAGGGAAGGUAAAGAGGGUUAGGGUUUUCUUGAAAGGUUUGAUUUUUGUUGGGAGGUUGUUAUACUUCAAGAAAAGGAAGAAGGUUAGGGUUAGAGGAUAAUGUGUAUACUGUGUGUGAUUCAGAAGUUGUCUCGCCGGGUUGCUACAGUGCUACCUUGGUUGGUUAUUCCGUUAAUAGGGCUAUGGGCACUUUCUCAGCUUCUUCCGCCGGCGUUUCGGUUUGAGAUUACUUCGCCUCGUUUGGCUUGUGUAUUUGUGUUGUUGGUUACUCUCUUUUGGUAUGAGAUUUUGAUGCCUCAGUUGUCGGCUUGGCGGGUGAGGAGGAAUGCUAGGCUUAGGGAGAGGAAGAGGUUUGAGGCUUUAGAGAUGCAGAAGCUACGGAAGACUGCUACGAGGAGGUGUCGCAACUGUUAUAAUCCGUAUAGGGAUCAAAACCCUGGUGGGGGUCGGUUCAUGUGUUCCUAUUGUGGGCAUGUUUCGAAGAGACCGGCAUUAGACUUGCCUCCUGGGUUGGCGAUUUCUAAUUCUGGCAUUGUUAAGGAGUUGGUUGGGAAAAGUGGCAAGAUAUUAAAUGGCAAGGGUUGGUCUGAAAAUGGAUGGAUGUGUAGUCAAGACUGGUUGGAGAAUGGAAAUUGGGUAGGUGGGCCUAUUCCAGGUAAUCCUAGCAACUGGAAGAGCAAUGAGAAUGCUGGUCUUUUUGGAGCAGAUGAGCAUUGUGUAACAGAGAGGUCAUAUUCUGGUAUUUUGUUUUUCAUUUGUAAACUUUUAACAUCUUUUUUCUUGAGCAUUAGAUGGCUCUGGAGAAAGAUUUUUAGAAUUAGUUCAAGGGAAGAAUGUUCCUCGGAUGCUGAACAUAGGGCACUAGCAAAACGGGGUGAGAAUGGAGAAAGCCUCAAUGAAAGUAGAGGGGAGAAAGCACGCAGGAAAGCUGAGGAAAAAAGGCAGGCAAGGCUAGAGAAAGAACUCCUGGAGGAGGAAGAAAGAAAACAGAGGGAGGAGGUUGCUAGGUUAGUGGAGGAGCGUAGGAGACUGAGAGAUGAGAAAGCAGAAGCUGAAAAAGAUCGAAUGAGAUCAUUAAAUCCGAGUAAGGAGACAAACAGCAGGAAGGAAACUGAAAAGAAGCGGCAGGAAAAAAGAAGAGAUAAAGAUAAAGGUUCUAGUAAGAGCAACUCGGAUGUGGAAGAAUUGGAAAGAAGAGCUGGAAAGGAAAAUGAACGGAAGCGUGAUGUUGAGAAAAAAAGUGAAACAGAUCGUAGAGAGCAUCAGAAAUCUGGGUUAGAGAAUGGCAAGGGACAGAGUACAGACAAUGCACAUAGUAAAAAUAUGACUGCAAACAAUUAUAAUCGAGGAAAUACUGGAACUAGGUACUUUGAUCGCGUGCGGGGUACAUUUCUGUCCUCUUCGAAAGCAUUUGGUUUUGGAAGGGGAACUAGUAGUCCGGCCACUGUGGUGAAAGAAACCAAGUUUAACAGUUCUGCAGAUCAUGUUUAUAAUUCCGCCAGCAAGAGAGAUAUUUGUCCUCCUGAACGUCCAACUGCAAAAACCAAUUCGAAUGGAGAUGAUAGGAAUAUCAAUCACACUGUACUCCCAGAACCGAAGCCAUGGACGGCACCUAAAAUGUCAUGGCAUCAAUUAUUUACUCGAUCUUCAUCUGUUCCACAAUCCUCAAAUUCAAAUGUAAUAUGUAGACCAAAUUCCAAAACUCAAGCAGAAGCCAAAAGCCCUCAGUCAUCUGGCCAGUCACCAGUUACUCAAUCUUUUAAUAAUCCGAUUCAUUUUGGUCUUCCGUCACCGUUUAAUAUUUCCACCCACCCAAAUGGUGGAUCAGCCAGUAGCAGUUUAGGUUUUUCUCCUGCAAUUGAACAAUUAUUCUCUCCAGUUAGAAAUGCAUCACAUGAUUUUAGACACGAUGAACAAGAGCUUUUUGAAGACCCAUGUUAUGAUCCGAUUCCAGCUUCCUUGCUUGGGCCUGUUUCAGAGUCUCUUGAAAAUUUUCAGUUGGACUUGGGAACUGGCUUUGGGACAGACAUUGAAGUAGCAAAGCCUCACUCUUUAAAAAACAUAUCUGCUGGUUCUGAUUUUAAUAAGCUAUCUCCGAUUGAGUCCCCAUUGUCCCGGGAAAAGCAUGCUUCUCCUGCAGAUGAUGCAGCUGCAAGUGAUAAGGGAACAUGGCAGAUGUGGAGUACUUCACCACUUGGUCAGGAAGGUUUAGGCUUGGUAGGUGGCCCUGGAAGUUGGCUUUUAUCUUCACAGAGAAAUGUGCCAAACAAGGAUGAUUUCAUGCUUCCAUCUCAGAAGACUAUGGCUUCCCUUUUCAACAAAGAUGAUAACAUGAUUUCCAAUACACAUUCCCCUCAGAAUGUUUUUCUUCCUAAUGGUCAGAGUGGCGGGAACAUUAGCCCUGUUACAAGUUCAAAUAGUUAUGAUCCAUGGUCUCAAAGUACUUUCUUCCCACCAUUUUCAAGUGGCUUUACAAGCCAGGAGGCUGCUCCACAGAAUGAAAUUAUAUAUGGAAGUCCCAAUGGAACUGCUAGUAGCCAUUUACUCGAGGGUUCUCCGGCUAACAGUUGGUCCAAAAAGGAAUGGCCUAUACAUGGUUCCACGGAAAGCAUAGGGAAGUCAUCUAAUACGCGUCUGCUUAAUGGAGGUCUACAACCAACCUCAGAUGUACAGUCGUUUUGGUCAUUUGAUUAAAUAGGAUGAUAGUGACAGGGUAAGAGGGAGCGUGAUAGACACAAAUGUUGUUGAGGCAAUACUAUAGUAUAGCCUCAUUCCUUUAGGGGGGAAGAGUUUACGAUUUGUAUCUUCCUUCUUAUAUGAGGGAGGAUUAAUGUUUACAUGACAUUAGCAAUGUUGAUAGGAAUACAUGUUGGAUGCAUGGCAACAGAGAGGCUCCCCCAUUUUGAAGUAAAAUUUCUGUCCUUUGGAGAAUGGUGCCUUUGCAUCCCUCCCUCUUGUCAUGAUAUGAUCUCAAAUAUGCAGCAAUUGAUCACCCUUGUAUGGAAAAUUAACUAACAUGACCUACUAUCUCUGAAAAUAGUAAUGUUUCUUAUGUCUCGUCAUUUUGAAAA